GGAUCUUUCGUAUUUUGGGUGUCAUCAAGGGACACACAAAAAUCGUAGUAAUUUUUAUAGAUAAAAAAAAACACCGUCUGCAGCAUAAAAAUAAGGUACGCGUUGACGACGUGAAACAAAAAGUGCCUCGUGUUGCCAAGUUUGGCCGGUGUCCGCGAGUGUUUGUGUUGUGAACUGAACAAUUCUUAAUGGCAGUGACACCGAGUGUGAUUAGGAGUCUCAGUAGAGUGUCCUAAGCCAGUGGUACACUCAGCUGUCAUCAAGAGCCCCACUAGUGUACUAACCCAGUGUCAGGAAUUAGGAAUUUAAGUGUAAAAAAAAAGAAAAAAGAAUCAGACGCGUGUGUUUGUCGAGGUUAAUGACUCUGAGUGGACCGUAACGAGGGGAAGUAAGAGUGUUAAGACGGUGAUGGUAGCAAGUGGCUCAACUUUAAUUUGCGGAGGAGUGAGGAUGGCCAGUGAAGACAGACAGGCGCUACUCCCACGGCAGGAGCUUGGUGAGGAGGGGCGCCAAGGGUAGUGGAGUAGGAUUUAUAUCCAGUCCAAAAGGAGGCGGGAAGCAUCAGGGGUCAUCACGCUCCCUGACCCCCCCAUACCCUAAGCCCCACCAUGCCCAUCAGAAGGGGCCACGUCGCCCCCCAGAACCUCUUCAUCGAUACUAUCAUCCGCCGCUUCGAUGGCCCAA